CAAGUCAAUUUGCAAACAAUGACAGUUUUCUGCUAACAAUUUGCCAUAAACCAAAAGACAAUGUAUAAAUGAUUCAAACGAAAAAGAAACACAAACGGAACUGAAACUCCAACAAACCAUUCGCGCGAAUGUAGACCAAAAACAGAAGAAAACCACCGCGCGCGCCCCGGGAUUACUUUUUCAGGAUGUUGAUUAGGAUAUAUUACAGGGAACUGAAUGGGAGCUUUAGCACGAGCAAUUCAUAAUUGCUUUCUGCUAUUUUCUUGAGACCCAUGAUUAAAGGGCAUUUGGUGGCUUCUCUGGAUGCAUUGCCUGACUCAGAGCACAAUCUAUUAAAAUAUUCAUUUGCUUUAUCACAUAACCCAAUAUUUUCCUGUAAACAGAGUCCAAUUGUAUGCACCCCUGUUGACUGCGUGAGUACUCUUUCUUUCCAUCACGGUUCAAGGAUGGCUACAAAUUCUUCAUCACUGGGAAUUUUUCUUUUCUCCUCAUUCUUCUUGAUACUUCUUGUAGUUAGCAGUUCAUUCUCUAUCAAAGAAGCAACCAUAGAUGAGCUUCAAUUUGCUUUCAAGCAAAACCAACUGACAUCAAGGCAAUUGAUCGAGUUUUACCUUGGAGAAAUCCGCAGACUCAAUCCGAUCCUUAGAGGGGUCAUAGAGGUGAACCCAGAUGCAUUAUAUCUGGCUGAUAAAGCUGACCAGGAGCGCAAGGCUGGAGCAGAAAGGUCAAAGCUUGGUUUGCAUGGCAUUCCCAUUUUAGUGAAGGACAAUAUAGCAACCAAAAAUAAGAUGAACACCACAGCUGGCUCAUUUGCGCUGCUAGGUUCUGUCGUGCCCCGCCAUUCAUUUGUGGUCACCAAGUUAAUUCAGGCUGGGGCUAUAAUUUUGGGAAAGGCUAGCAUGACCGAGUGGGCUCAUUUCAGGUCAUAUGAUCAACCCGCUGGUUGGUGUGCUAGAAGUGGCCAAGGAAAGAAUCCUUAUGUUCUAUCGGCAGAAACUUGCGGGUCAAGCAGUGGAUCAGCAAUAUCAGUAGCAGCAAAUAUGGCAGCAGGGGCCCUAGGGACCGAAACUGCUGGCUCUAUCUUAUGCCCAUCUGGCCUUAACUCAGUUGUUGGAAUCAAGCCAACCGUUGGCCUUACCAGCCGAGAUGGCGUCAUCCCAAUCUCCCCAAGACAGGACACUGUUGGGCCAAUUUGCAGGACUGUAGUAGAUGCAGUUUACAUUCUUGAUGCCAUUGUAGGCUUUGAUCACAGCGAUAAAGACACCAGAGAAGCAUCAAAAUACAUCCCACCUGGUGGCUACAAACAAUAUCUUAAGCCUUGUGGACUCAGAGGGAAGAGAGUGGGAAUAGCGAGGAAUAUUCCGGUCUCCAACUAUGCAAACGAGUCUGAUGUCAGUAAAGCUUUUGAGCUCCAUAUUCAGACUCUAAGACAACGAGGUGCAGUUGUUGUAGACCAUCUGAAAUUAUCCAACAUUGAGGGUAUUGUGGAUAUCAUUGGGAGUGGUCAAAUAUUAGCAUUGGCGGCCGAGUUCAAACUGGCCUUGAAUGCAUACUUAGAGGGACUUCUGGCUUCCCCGGUGCGGUCUUUGAAAGAUGUUAUAGCAUUCUACAAUAAAUUCUCAAAAUUGGAAAAGGCCAAGGAAUAUGGGCAGUCUCUUUUUCUAUUGGCGCAGGAAACAAAUGGAAUCGACAAUGAUGUGAAAGCGGCAUUGUUAAAUUUAACUAAGCUUUCUGGAGAUGGUAUUAAGAAGCUGAUGAAGAAGAACAAGUUGGACGCAGUUGCGACUCCUGGUAUUGAUAUGGUUGGUGUUCUUGCAAUUGGUGGAUUCCCAGGAAUUAUUGUCCCUGGAGGAUAUGAUGGUAAGGGCAAACCGUUUGGAAUUUACUUUGGAGGGUUAAAGGGCUCAGAGCCAAAGCUUAUAGAGAUUGCCUAUGGCUUUGAGCAGGCUACCAAGAUUAGGAAGCCUCCUUCAUUCAAGCCUUGAACUUUUAUAAGACAUGAAAACAUACCCUUUUGCUUCUGUGAGGCAGUAAUUUGUGCUUUGUUUUCAGUCAAUUUUACCAAAUAAAUUCAACUUGUUUGAA